AUAUGACCGAGAAUGAAAUUGAUUUAAAGUUCAGCUACCCUUAAACAUUCCCUCCCUUUAUAGAAAUUUAAUACUGGAAGAUAGUAAUUGAUUAUUUAUUUUGAGUUUUAAGAGCACUGUUGUUUAAUGCACAAAACAAGUAAUUAAUUAUCUUCUUAAAUUGCAUUUCUAUAAGGCUAGAUUCAUUUGGCAUUCGGAAAUGAAAACGACGUUGGAAUCGCGAAAUGAGUAUAACGUUUUUCUCCCAGUUUCUCUUUCCAAACAUCUCGUUCAAUUAAUACACGCUUUGUGGUUUCAGGGAUAAUAAAUUGUAUAUUGAAUACGCACAGAUUGCUGUUCGAGAAGAAUUACAUAAUCAUGCCAACGUACGCUGUGGCUUGAAUUCACGCAAUCUGCAGCAAUCUACGUGUUAUCAUUAAAUGGACUCGCCACAAAUUGAUUCAUUAAUUAAUUAACAGUCGUCCAACAUAUUUGCCUUGGAAUUUCUGGAAGAGAAAGCUUACAAAAAAUUAAUGCGUUACACAAGAAUUGCUCUGCGAUUCUAGAUUGUUAAUCAGCAAUGAUUCUCAAUGCUGCAAAUUAAAUUGUAAAUUUUUAUAAUUUCCGAAAGCGAAAUUCUACGGUACAUUCUUCUCACAUGGAAGUUGUGAGAUUUUUACUGCAUGUUGGACAGGUAAAUCGCUGUAACUCUCUUGUCAAGACUAAACUUCACUGAUUUACCGCGUUAGUUUCUUGCAUUUCUCCGCGAUGCUGUCGUCUGUCAUACAUUCCUUAACUACGCAUUAUAUAUUUUUAUCCAUGCGAUUAUCACCGAUUAACUCGGUCACUUAUGAAUGCUCAUGAAUAAGUGGACCGUAACUUGUUCUUAUCAAAACUAAACUUUAACAUUAAUUUAUCACGUUAGUCGCUUGCAUUUCUCCACGGUGCUGUCGCCUGCCAUACAUUCCCUAACUACGCAUUACAUGUUUUUAUCUACGCAGUUGUUAUCGACGAUUGACUUGGCUGCUUAUAAAUACUUAUGAAUGAGCUGAUACAGGAGGGAAACGAGUGAAUGGAUGAUCGAGCGAGCUCUAUGGUACGCCUAGAAAAAAAAACAAACAACUGCGUAAAUAACAUCCACGUGUCCUCAGGUAGGCGGCGAGAACAGUCUCUUAUCGAUGCGGGGUGAAGAGAACGAGAGAGAGAUUGGAUGGUCUCUCUAUCAUUGAUAUGGACGAGCGGAACAUCGAAACGAGUUAAAAGCAUAGAACUUAUUGGAACGGGAAUAACCUAUCCAAGCAAUGAAUGGAAGAUCUCGCUCACAGCUCGACAUCCGUAUUCUCCUUCCACCACUAUAAGUUCUAUGGUUAAAAGGCAGAAUCGCGGAACACGCGCAUCCGGUUGUCGCGUGAUCUCGCCCGUCCACCCACCCACACCUCGCACCCCGAAUCUACCCGAAUCAUCAUCGCCGUCGAUCGCCGUCGUCGCGACGCGCCGUCGCCGCAUCUGUCAAAAUCGGCUCGAAGUGUCACUCGCGGUGACGAUCGGUGAUGAUGUUAUGGUGGCUCUCGCAUCGCAGGUAGAAUGUGAAAAACCGGAGGACAGGUGGGAGUCGUAGGAGAGUCUGGA